ACGGGAAGGUGGGUUAAAUAUAGGGAAUAUUUUAGGUUAAAAAGCUUUAUUCGGAGAUGCAGUCCGCUGCUAAGUAAAGCAGGUAUUAGUUGUAUUAUUCUGUAUGUUCAGCUGUGUGUUUGUAUAAAGUUAGCCAACUUGUUUUGGUGUGUUUUUGAUUGAUUAGUCGUUGGAGAUUAUCAUUGCAUCCAUGGCUUUGAUAGCGACCGAUCAGGGCUGCAAGUUGAACGGGACGUCGGCGAUUUACGGCCGAGUUGGACCGAGAAAAGAAGUGUUUCAAGGCAACGCGGAGGGCUUUAAACCUGCCAAAAUGCAGCCAAAGGAGACGGAGUACUCAACAGAUGGCCUGCCCAAAGCGUUCCUGCACAGCCUGAGGACCCUGUUUGACAUUCUGGAUGAUGGUGGACGGGGCUAUGUCCACAUCUCGGAGAUCGAGAGCCGCUGGCAGGGGGCAGACACCCGGGAUCUGCCCGGCGGGGUGCUGGGCUGCCUCCGGAGGGUCACCCCGCCGCAUGGCUGCCUCACCUUUGAGCGGUUCGUGGCGGGGCUGCGCUACUCCAUGCUCAACCCGGAGCACAGCGCGCACUUCAGGGCCCAGGCUGCCGUGUACCCACAGCAGGCACCGAAGCAUCCCCAGAAACCCGCCCCGCUGUCCACAUGCAGCGUUGGGACCCGGGUCGAGAACAAGGUCCGUCCGCUGGGGCCGAGCAACGUGACCAACACUCUGCAGCACCGGGCGUCCUCCCUGCAGAGCCGCGGCAGGCCGGAGGAGGGGCCCGGGUACCCCGCGUGUGGACCGGUGCGGUACGGCGCGGGCUUCGACAGGUCCGGGCGGAGUUUGGAGCAGAAUUCCGUCGCUCCGGGGGGCGGGUGUUACCGGGCCGACCCGGGACAUGCCACCAAACCCACACAGUCCCAGCAGAGCCGGGUCAGGUCCAUUGAGUCACUGGCUCUGGAGUCACCGCAGCUCCAAGGACCAAGUUUACCAAGAUCUCAGAGUGAAUCAGCAACCGGAUUUACCGGCGGCUCCAGGCGCCACGGGCGGAGUCGGGAAGAGCAGAGGCGGCAUACCAUAACCAACGGCGUGGAUUAUGGAAUGUUGAAGCAAAUGAAAGAGCUGGAGCAGGAGAAGGACUCUCUGCUGGCAGGCCUGGAGGUGGUGGAGCGGGCCCGCGACUGGUACCAGAGCCAAAUCCACAACGUCACAGAGAGACAGCGGCAGGUCGGCCAAAGCUCCCACUCCACGGAUUUCUUCACAGAAGCCAAUCAGAGUCGCAUGAAUGUUCUAAUACCCAAAUUGCAAGAAGUCAACCGCUGCCUAAAUGACCUUAUUUCCUGCUCUGGGAUUUCAUUUCCUUCCAGCUCUGCUCAGACAGCAGCUAACCCCCAGCCUCCGGGUCCAGCUCCUCCCCAAGCCAUCCAGAGGCUGAAGGACCAGAACCGACUUCUCACUCAGGAGGUGACAGAGAGGAGCGAGCGGAUCGCCCAGCUGGAGCAGGAGAAGUCGGCGUUGAUAAAACAGCUUUUUGAGGCUCGAGCCCGCAGUACGCAAGACACCAGCACCAUGGACUCCACCUUCAUCUGAAAACAACUACACUCCACCCAACAAACCUUUCCAAUGUUAGCGAAACAUUUUCAGCUGGGAAUCAUCACAACGCUGGUCUGGAGCAAACUUUUAUGAGACUGUAAGCCGACUGUUGUUUACCAACACUUGUAGCACCUUUUAGCCAUGACACGCCAACACCCUCGACUGCAGCAUGUGACCACUUCACCCCAAACCGCGCACAAUCUAGAUGUGACUUGACCCGAGAGUCUCUUACUUGCUGCC